GUUUGUUUAGUAAAUCGAUCUAAUGACAGGGCUAUGGUGGCGCCAUCCAAUGUGUCGCUCCAUGAAUUAUAUGCUGCUCAGCUCUCCAACCUUCCCUUUUAAUGUGUGCCAACACCUUUACUAUUUUCCCAUUCUAAGUGUCACUUAGACUAAUGUCGCACUGACGGGCUGCUCACCACUGGAGUACAACGCUACAUCUGGAUAAAUGCACAUUCAAGACGAAAAUAGGAAAACGGACAGCAUGCCGACAGAGCCGAGCCUCACCGGUCCGGACGGGGUGAGCAGUAACUGUGCCAUCUGUGGAGACAAAGCCACGGGGAAACACUACGGAGCCUCCAGCUGCGACGGCUGUAAAGGCUUCUUCAGACGCUCCAUACGCAAGAGCCAUGUUUACACCUGCAGGUUCAACAGACAGUGCAUUGUGGACAAAGAUAAGAGGAACCAGUGUCGAUUCUGCAGACUCAACAAAUGCUUCAGGGCUGGCAUGAAAAAAGAAGCCGUACAAAACGAGAGAGACCGGAUCAGCUCCAGAAGAAGUAUCCCUGACUCCCAAGACCUGCCAACCAUCACGAUUUUGGCCCAAGCAGAAUCACUCUCCCAACAGAUAACUACUCCAGUUGGAAUAGCUGACAUAUCAGAGCAGAAAUCCGCCGUUGUCGGGGAUGUUUGUGAUUCUAUGAGACAACAGUUAUUAGUGUUGGUGGAAUGGGCCAAAUACAUCCCUGCCUUUGGAGAUCUGCCACUAGAUGACCAGGUUAGCUUGCUUAGGGCGCACGCAGGGGAACACCUCUUGCUCGGGGUCGCCAAAAGGUCAAUGCCAUUCAAGGACUUCCUGCUUUUAGGUAAUGGCUGUCUGAUCCACAAGAACAAUCCUGAACCAGAGAUCUCUCGAGUAGCCAACAGAGUGCUGGACGAGCUGGUGCAGCCUUUUCAGGAUAUUCAGAUUGAUGAGAAUGAGUAUGCAGCACUCAAGGCCAUUGUCUUCUUUGAUCCAGAUGCAAAGUCUUUGCGGGACCCAUCGAAGAUAAAGGCCAUGCGUCUGCAGGUCCAGAUGAGUCUAGAAGACUACAUAAAUGACCGGCAGUAUGACUCCAGGGGUCGUUUCGGAGAGCUGUUACUCCUCCUGCCCACCCUGCAGAGCAUCACCUGGCAGAUGAUCGAACAGCUCCAGUUCAUUAAGCUGUGCGGCCUGGCAAAGAUAGACAACCUGCUGCAUGAGAUGCUGCUGGGAGGCCUGACGUCAGAUCCCACACACCUGCACCACUCAGCACACACCCAGCUGACCCAGGACCCUUUGACUGGACACACACUGGUCAUCAGCACCAUGCCAGUCACUCACACUCCACUCAAUGCCUCUCCAGAAACUCCCAUCCCAUCACCCCCUCUGGGUCCUGCCCCAGAGAAGUACAAACACUUUCCCCAGCCUCUCUGUCCUCCAUCCAGCCCCUCGCCCUCCGCUCUGACAGAGCCCUGAAUUCUUCCCUGCACUCCUCCAAAGAGCCUGACAUGGGGAUCAGUUUCCUUGUCUCUGUUCAGUGUCUGUGGUUAUUCUUUACCCUGGUGUUGCAAUAACCGCGGGGUUGCUGUGUGCAGCACUUUCAAACUUUAAUAUGUCACUUUUUAAAUUUAGUGAACUAAUGAAAAACCACACCAGGGUUCAAUAGAAAACGUUGUACAUGUUGCAUUCUGGUCUGGCCUAAGAUGUGGACAAAAACGCCUUCAAUCUUUGAUCUCUGAUUUACAAUCAAUCCUAAACAGAAAAUUCUGAUAAUGUGUAAAUGUACAAAACAAUAUCUAAAAUUAAAUGACAGGAUACCACA